AUGCAUAACCCAAGUAGUGAUAAUCUUUAUAUUAAAUUAGUUAUAGUAGGUGAUUCUGCUGUUGGUAAAACUUGUCUUUUUACUGUUUAUGCACAUAAUAGAUUCCCAAAUGAUUAUAUACCAACAGUUUUCGAAAGUUUUGUUGCAACUUGUAAUGUAGGUGGUAGAGCGUAUAAUAUAGGACUAUGGGAUACUGCUGCACAAGAGGAAUACGAUAGACUAAGACCGCUAUCCUAUCCCGCCACCGAUGUAUUCUUAGUUUGUUUCUCUGUGAUCUCACAUACCUCUUUUGAUAAUGUAAUUGAUAGAUGGAUACCAGAGCUUAAUCAUCAUAUGCCGAAUGUACCAAUAGUUUUGGUGUGUACGAAAAUCGAUUUACGACAGGAUCGCGAAACUAUAGAACGUCUAGCACAAAGACAACAGGAACCUAUCACAAAACAACAGGGUUUGGCAAUGAUGAAGCGAAUCGGUGCUGUUGCCUAUCAAGAGUGCUCGGCACUCACUCAGAACGGUGUUAACAAAGUUUUCGAAGAGGCAGCCAGACACAGUAUAACUGGUAGAACGGCUACUGGUUCUUCUACCUCCAAAUCAUCGUCGUCGUCAUCAUCAUCAAGUUGUAUAAUUCUUUAA